UUUCAAGGUUGUCGGGUGAAGACUUCAGUACCAACCUUGGAAGUUAUUCAAUUCCACUUGUUAAUUAUUUACGUCGACAACCUCUUUCACACCCCAUCACAUGGUCUGGAGAUACUUUCUAUAUGACCAUUAGAUCAUACCAGCAACUAAAUCUUUCAAUCGCUGAUGUUAGCACGCACGCAUUCACGAAUCCACGACGCGACAUAAUACAUCAACGACAUUGUUCACUUGAGCACAUAACGACUCAACAACUCGAAUCUUGACAACCUACUAAUUCAGCUUCGGUCUCCUAACCAUCAAACACCAUUUUCAAUCCAUGAUUAUCAUUGUCGGUUUAUAGUUCAUACUCUGCUACAACUUCUGUCUCUCGACCCGUUUGAUUUCGACUAUAUCUUGGACCCGCUUGGGUCUACCCGAGUAAACCGCAAUGGCGACUGCACAGUUAUCCGUCCAAGACCAAAUUCGCCAACUUGAGGGGGCGCGCAAACUUGUAUUAGGAAACGCGGGCUACUAUACACAGGUCAUCCAAGCUUCCCUUCCCAUUAUAGGUCCAUCCGCCCAAGUGGAAUUCCGACGAUGGGGCGCCGAGUUUCUUGCCGAAGCAUUUGCUACUCCUGCAAUUGCGCCGGGCCAGAAAGAGACAUUGUCUUUACUAGUGCUAGAGACCCUAAAGCUACUGGUGGAAGACGUUAACCAAGAUGUUACUGUAUUGAAAAGCGUUAUUCAAACGGCAGCUAGUGUAUACCCACUGGCGUUACGAUGGAUUAUUAACAACUCCUACGACACGCCCACAUGGGAUCGGAUGACCGAUAUAAAGACUGCUAUUCUGCGAAUCUGGGAUAAUGCCCCACCGAGUAUUCGAAUAUGCUGUAUCAAGUUCGCUCAACGCGUGGUACUUGCACAGACACAGAGUAUAAAUCCAGAGCCAAGACGCGGUGACCUUCUCGACAUAUCGCUGCUCAUGAUCCCCCCAAAUCACCCAGUCCUUGACGCACCCAAACUUGAGGCCGAAGCAUCGGGGCUCUUAGACAGAAUGCUCGGGGUUUUGCAGGACAAUAGCAGUGAUGCUUUGGUUGUAGAUGCUACAUUGAAUACACUGUCUAUCCUUGUCCGAAACAGACCAGCAACGUCUAAUAGGAUCCUCAACACGGUUCUCAACUUCAACCCUUUGAAGCUAGCAAAUUCACCCAUGACGCCUAAGAUCAAAGUUCUUGUCAAGUCGAUGGAGAAAACGACACGAAUGCUCCUCAUGCACUUAUCCAGACGAAACCCGCAGAAUCCACAGAUCGGACGUAUCCAACAAUACGUUGAGCGACUCAUGCGCUCUCGAGCCGAGAUCUUCGACGAGGGAAACCGUAAAAGAGCCAUGGCAGAGCAGGCUGAUGCACAAGACACCAAGCGCCAACGAACAGGAACUACGCCAUCCAAUCCCCAAAUAGAGAUAACUCCAUUGAAGCCUGGACCUCAUACCCUCGCAGAUGUCUUCACAUUUACUAAUAAUGAUGGACUGAAGCACUUUAACGUAGGUGAUAAUGUUCCGGCACCUCUCGCCGCGAAGAUCAGUGUCACAACUAUCGCCCGGAUAGACCAGCAAUUGUUAGAUCGGGCUAUUCAGGGAGUACGAGAUCGCUUAGCAGCGCUCAAUGUGGCUCAGCCCGAGCCAAUUAAUCCCGAGACGGCGCCACUCGAUGUUGAAGAGGAUGAGGAUGACUAUGAACCGGAUUAUUAUGCCGCAGAAGACACGGAGCAGAUCUUGAACAAACUUGACUCUUCGCCAGCAGAACAGCCACGCGAAUUAGAAAAGCCUGCAUUAGGCGGGCUGGCAUUACCUACAUUCCGACUACCACCACCGCCCACGUUGAAUCCGGAUCAGGCCGCUAAAGUGGGACAAGGGUCGAUCACGAGAGUGUUCAGCACUAUGAGAACACUAGAGGACCCGGCUGUCAAGAAAACCAAAGCUGGUAUUAAUAGGCUAGCGGCCAGCUCGUACGACCGAGACUCGUGGAUUACUGUAAUUACUCGCCUAGCAACUCGAGCAAAUGCGGGACUUGACAUGUCAGAGGAUGACGAGAAUACCAAGGGCGUCUUUCCACCGCCCCAGCUCAGCGAUUCCAUUCGGGAGAUGCUGUUUAACUACGUCUUGGAGGACUUCCGCAAGCGGAUCGAAGUAGCCGUCUCCUGGUUAAGUGAGGAAUGGUAUAACGACAAAGUACAACAGCGUUCCGCAGCAUCCUCGCCUGUUGUCCGUGAUGUGGCUAUUAAUUACGAAAAAUGGGCCCUUCGUCUUUUAGAUGGAUUUAUCCCUUACCUCCACGGACAAGACAAAGUUCUGACACGAUUCCUCAGCGAGUUACCCGAGCUCAACCCCGCUAUCUUGACGCGGAUCAAGACUCUAUGUCGAGAUCCCAGCUUAGUGAAUCUAGCACUGACAACGCUAUAUUACCUGGUGAUGCUGCGCCCGCCGGUCAGAGAGCUUGCAUUAGAUGCGAUACAGGAUAUCUGGUCAGAUUAUGAAGACACAAGACCCCUAGCCGCCAAGUUUUUACAGAAAUGGCGGCCUGGCUUCUUAGAAGCAGUGCAAAAAGCCAUGUCUGGAAAUGAAGGAGCCGUUGGAGCUAGUACAGCCGCAGUCGUCUCAUGAUACCCACUCAACGAUGAUAGUUGUUUAGACUUGCGAGCCAAUCGAUGCGGAUGUUAGGUAUUUCUCGGGCCAUAUCCGUAGGAUGGCGACGGUUAGUAGGUAUUACCUUCCUGGGCGCCGUUGCAUUUGCUGGUAGUCGGAUUGGUAGGGCGUUUAGAAAUGGAAACGGGUUUGGAAUGGGUUAAUCAAGCCUAUAAUGAUAGGCUAGAGUAUAUGUGCAAAACGUACGUAGGUAGGGGUUACUCUGGUGAAGCCCUUCACAAGUACCGGAUAAAUGACAAUAUGAGC